AUGAUUCAUAUGAAUCGUCGCUGUCCAUUGCUGAUUGUCUGGAGUUUGAUAUUUUUUCUCAUUUCAGCAGGGGCUGUUACACUUCGCGUUAUAUCUACGCAAAUCAGGCGUCGGGCAUUGAAAAGCCACGAUUAUCUCGUUUUCUUCUCGCUGCUGUUAUUGACCGGUUAUGUGGUCGAUAUGUUGGUUGGUGAGUCUGUGAACUUGCUGACUGCCCGGCAACCAUUGCUCAAUCCUUGCAUUAGGAGCCAUCACAGCUGGCUAUGGGGGGCAUACGGCUACUAUGGCGGUACGCAAUCCAGCAGAGUUGCGUAG